AUGGCUCAUGCCAUCCUGGUUCAUCAUGAGCAGAAAGAUAGAAAAUGUUUGCGGGGCUCCAGGGCACGUGGCUCAUUGGAAAUUAAGAAAAAAAAUGAGGCUGUGGACUGCAUGCGAGACGGUGAACCCAUCAAGAUGAAGACGACAGCUGAUAAUAACGACUUUCUCCACAGGAUUGAGGCUUGCAUAUCGCCCAUAUAUGACGGGGCUGCUGGUGCCAUUGGCCCUCUGCUUGAGUAUCGAAGCCGCACUCCGACAAAGUCAAGGAUGCUUCACUGA